GGAGUUAAAGCUGUCUCUUGACCUGAUUCAAGCUCACUGCACGCGCGCGCAUAUAAUGUCAAAGUCGAUCACUGAAAAGAAGGUCGUAAACCGUUGGAAAUUUCCUUGCCCACUCUGUGAUAUUGUGACUGGUUUCAGAAAUAGCAUUCGUCGACAUGUAGCUCGCAAACAUCCCGGUGUGGACAUUGGGCCAGGAGAGAGAGGUUAUCGCACGGCUGGCGGCGUCAAGAAUUUAAGCGUCGAUGGAGAAACUGAAGAAAAUUUCAAGGUCUAUGGAUGUGCUAUUUGCUUAGGUCAGUUUUGGUAUAGAUACCAGCUGAAACAUCACUAUGAGUACGAUCAUGGCUUGGUUGCAGCAAAUGUUGCUGAAGUGGACUGUCUCUUACGAGAACACAACAUCCAAUUUGCUUUAUUUGAAGACUCUCAGAAGUGGAAGUUAAAAAGUGGAAGGAAUGUGGAAGACAUCUUGCAUGACUUUGCGCUUGCAGCGUCUAAUGAGCAUUCAGCACAUUCUUUCAUAAUCAAUCCUGUGGAUUCAACAUGGUUGCAACUUGAUGUAUUCUCAAAGGAUGAAUUGGAUGAAAUUUCGACGUUAAGAUAUAAUCAUCUUCCAGCACUACCAAGAGAUCUCAUGGAGUACAUCAAUGAAUUCAACUUGACUGACCAACAACAAAUACGAGAAACUUUAUGGAAGCAGAGACCUUUUGAUGCUAGCUAUGACCAGAAGGAGUCGUUUGACAAGGACUGGGCGCGAAAUGUCAUUCACAGCAUAUUGAUGGAAAUAGAGUGUCGUCAAUUAUCGCAAGACCAUCUGGAGUCAUGGUAUAUCUCGCACAUAUGGAGUACUCUUGAUAGGUGCUUUGGUGAUCUCGAUGAAGUUUAUGUUAUCAGAGGAGAGUCUGCAAGCAUAGCUUCUGGAAUACGCAAGAAUGAAAAUCGGAUUGCUGCUUCUACGACUUCAAUGAAGCGUCAAAUGAUGGGCCACCGUGCAGACCUUUUGAUACGAAAAUUAAAAGUCGAGUAUGCGUGUGGUGAGACUGGAAAAAGCUAUAAUAGCGAAAAUGAUACGAAAUUACUGUUGGAACGUCAAUUAAAGAUGCCAAAGAUGAUGAAGGACCAGUUGAUACAACUUUUCAAGCUUUGCGAUAAUGAUGAAAGUGCAGUUAGAAAGCUGUCUAUAGCAGGGAUAUUGCAUUUCGGUCUGCACCAAACGAUGCUAUUAAUGGAUUGUCCAGCAGGAUACGUCUGUCGAGUUUUACCUACACCAACCUGUAAAGUCCCAACAACUUUGAACACAUUUCCAUCGCUUCUUAAUGUCAUAAAACUAACCUGGAAAGCGAAAGCCUUAAUCCGGCAAGUUAUCAAGGACGUCGAGCGUUAUAAUAGUAGUAAUGAUGGCGAUAGUACAGAAAUUGAUGUCAUUACAUCUAGAUAUCGUACACCUCCACUGUCCCAUGGAUGUAAAGACAAGCUUUAUAUCCCUUCAUGUGUUACAUCCCCCACGAAAAAGCAAAAGAUGUGAUAUGUAAUCAUGUACAUAGAAUGCUCCGUACGUAUCAAUUGCGAGUAUCGUACCAUUUAUCUGUGUUAACAUUAAUAAAUAUGCGAUGCGAAUUAUGAUGGUUGUAGGGUUGACAUUGCUGAUGCGUGAUUUCGCUUUGCGAUUCGAAGUUUUGGAAUUUGGGUUCGAAUUUUUGGAGGUUUGGGUUCGACCUUUUGUAUAAGUGACUGCGUUUUGGGUUCGAGGUUGAGGUUUGGGUUCGAUCUUUUGUAUAAGUGACUGCGUUUUGGGUUCGAGGUUGAGGUUUGGGUUCGACCUUUUGUAUAAGUGACUGCGUUUUGGGUUCGA